AUGCCGAAGACAAUGCCGAAGACAAUGCCGAUCCUCCUCUCUCGUAACGACACAUCGCCCAACGGCACCGUCGCGGUAAUCAUCUUCAUCGCAGGCGCGAUCAUCCUGGUCCUGUGCAUAAUCCUGGCCCUGCUAUUUUUCAAAAACCGGCGCGCCGCACACCGGGGUUCCAGCAGUGGUGGCAAGGCGUUCAUACCGCGGCUGGAGCGGGGGAGUGGAAACAGCGAGAGCAGAGGGGUGGGGAAAUACGGAAAGUUGGAGGACGAUGAGGAGGGGGCGUGGAGUGCUGAGAUGGAGAGUGAAGGUGGGCUGGAGAGGGAGAGGAAGGGGGGUUACGCACCGGUACAUGACGAGUCCAUGGGAUACCAAAGUCAGACGCUGCAUCAUGGGCAGCCGGAUAAGGAUACGUAUCGGUGA